AUGGAGAUUGCAUUUACAGGACACGACUUAGGUGUGGAGCUACUCCCAGGAGAACGACUUCUUGACUUGGAGUAUGCAGACGAUAUUGCCCUCAUCUGUGACAGCUCCCAGACGUGCCAAGCUGCACUGGACAGAUUAGCACUGGCUGUCAUCCGCUUCGGGCUUUGCUUUGCACCAUCGAAGUGCAAAGCUUUCCUCCAAGAUUGGCAGGGAUCGCCUCCUGCGCUGACCCUUGGUGGGGAUCAGCUAGAAGUCGUUCAGAAAUUCAACUACCUGGGAAGUUGUAUCAGCGCCCUUGGGAUCGAAGAUGAGAUCACGAACCGUAUAGCAAAAGCUCGAAGUGCUUUUGCUAGUCUUCGCCACCUAUGGCGACGGCGCGACAUCACUCUCGCCCUGAAGGGUAGAGUGUACAAUGCAGCGGUACGUUCGACCUUACUGUACGGUUGCGAAACCUGGCCCCUUAGAUCAGCGGACAUAAAGAGGCUAGUUACGUUCGACCAUCGGUGCCUUCGCAGUUUGGCUCACAUCUGGUGGGAACACCGCGUGAGCAACGAGCGUGUUCGACGCCUUGUUUACGGCACAGGAAAAGGAUCUGAACCGCUCAGCACCGUCAUUUCACGCACCAGGCUCCGAUGGCUCGGCCACGUGUUACGCAUGCCAGCCCACCGACUCCUGCGACGUGCGUUGUUUGCUCGCCCCGGCGGUGUGGAUGGAAGAAGAGAGGUGGCCAAGCGAUGA